UGCAAUGGCGGGCGACCCAGGUGCGAUGCAUGUGAGCGGCUAGGAUUUGAAUGUUUAUAUGAGCAGCAAGAGGCCUCAGCCAAUCUCCUAGUUCCAAAAGAUCUCUUCGCCGCAUUAGAGACAAGAGUCAAGCUCUUGGAGACAAAGCUUGAACUACAGAAUGGCCGGCUGGCUGCCAGAAGAACCGACGAUGUCCACCAGGACUCACUCGCUUGUCGGUCCAGUGAUGUAAUAGUGAAUAUCGAAGGGUGUCAUGACAGCUCUAUAGACCAGAGCAUGACUGACGGUAUGGCCGUGUCGUUCGUCGAUGAGCAAGACUGUGGGUUCUUUGGUCCAUCCUCAAACAUCGCCUUCAUGCGUCACAUACUACGGGCCAUAAAAAAGAGACAGUCGGCUCACCGCAGACUAUCUUCUCAAGCCUCAGCGUCUGAGUUCGGCACUUACGAGGGUGGUGUCCGUUUUCGAGCAAGUGGUUUCAGAACUAAUGUUCGUCGUACCUGGCUAGGGCUUCUGAACAUGAUCUUUGCCAUGGCCACUUGCACCUCUUGUUGGGAGGAAUCAGGAAGCGACUAUCGAUUUGAGCAAUCAGACGUUUAUUACCGUCGUGCUCGUGAGCUUUGCCAAACACAGAUGUUUCGUGGUACCACCCUUGAAAUAGGUAAGACGAUCACUCUUGAUCAAUGCUCCUCGGAAAGACAUCUGUACAGAAUCAUGGGAAGAAUAAUCACGACAUUAUAUGGUAGUAACCUCGGAUGCGAUGAGCAGCCAACAGAAACUGUCACGAUGACCUCAAUAAUCCAAUUUGGACAAGAGCUCACGGAAUGGCAACACAACUUACCUCCACAGCUGGCCCUCCGCAGCUCAACUGACCUCCCAAAAGAAGGGGAGAUCCAGGACUCUACAACUGAGCGAGUCCGCUUGAUAUUAACCCUGAGAUAUCUCAACGUCCAACUUCUCCUUCAUCGACCUACCUUUAUCCGAUCAUUGGGUGCCUUGCUAAGGGACCCCAUGACCUCAACUCGCAACCCAGCCCCCGUCAAUCAUAUGCAGUCCAGCUUUGACAGAACCUUUGUUCAGGUGGCGGAGAACAUCAUUGAGAUCAUUUAUACGGUACUGACGAGACCGGAUCUUGGACGUCAUCUCAUUGGUGCAUGGUGGUUCACUCUAUACUACGCGUUCAGUGCAGCACUAGCAAUCUUUGGAAGCCUCGUUAUCUUCCAAGACAACGAUGUAGAGGGUGUACACGACACCGACCGCCUUGAGCGGGCCAAGCGGUCUCUCACGCAAGCUUCAGAGGCAUUGUUGCGAAUGGGAACUGAGAACAUGAUCAUAUCACGCUGCGUCGACUUUUUGCAGCAGCUUCUACGAGCAGUAAACGCUUGGGGUAAGUCAACCAUUCUGCUUAAGCGAUGCCUCGAGAAUGGAAACUUUGACCUCGAGUCCGAUCUGUUUUCCACAAUGCCAGCGUUUGAUGCUUCAGCGGUUGGGUUGGGAGACGACAUUGAGUUAGGGCAUUUCUUUGCUGCCGACUUUCAGAGGUGGUUUGAACGGAACCAUUGGUAA